AACACACUUUAUGUUUCUCUUUCUAUAGAGAACAAAGAUAGAAUGAUAAACACACAAAAAGAACUAAUAGCGUCUGCCCGAACGGAUCUCAUGUUAUAUCUUGCAUCAGAUCGUCAUUUGAUUCUAUGUCGCUAUCGUCAACGCAGAGUUCUUGGCUAAAAUUGAAGUACUCAGGAGUCUUAAUCUCUACACCACAGACCUCGCUGUAAAUACAAUAUGGAAACUGGAGACCGAUACAGAACACCGAUACAAGAUUUUUACGCAGACACCACAAUCUUUAUUACAGGAGGUACAGGCUUUCUUGGAAAAAUGUUGAUCGAGAAACUGUUACGAAGCUGUCCUGAUAUUUCUAUGAUAUAUGUAAUGGUACGUUCACAAAAAGAUAAAAGCCCCGAAAAUCGAUUGGACGAAAUGCUUGAAAGUCCGCUUUAUGACCGAGUAAAAAAAGAAGUACCUAAUUUUCACAAAAAAAUCGUACCAAUCAUAGGAGAUUCCAAUAUCAAAGAUUUGGGAUUGUCAGAAAGUGAUAGAAACAUGCUAAUAAGUAAGGUAUCCAUAAUUUUUCAUAUGGCAGCAAAUAUGCAAUUCUACGGAAAGAUCAAAAUUUCUACAAUAGUAAACAUUGAUGCUACUGCUACCAUCUUAAAACUUGCAAAACGCAUGCCGAAUUUGAAGUCAUUUAUUCAUGUGUCAUUAAGAUUCAUUUUAGUUAUAUCUAGCGCCAGUGAACCACUUAUCGGAUGGAUCGACAAUAUAUAUGGGCCAUCAGGUAUCGCAACGAGUUUGCUACUUGGUAUUGUAAGAUUUCAUCGUUGUAAUGGCAAUCUCAAGGCGAAUAUAGUGCCUGUUGAUUUUACUGUAAACGCUUUAAUUGCUAGUGCGUGGGAUGUUCACAAACAACACAGGCGGGCCAAGGACAUGUUAAUUUAUAAUUUCGUUUCGCCAAUCGAUGGUCCUACUUGGAAUGAAUACAAUUAUGCACUACUUGACAACAAUAAAAUGUAUCCCUUGCAUAAUGCCAUAUACUUGCCAUUAAUGACUUUCUUCAAACAUGAGAUACCAUACAGAUUUUGCGUUUGGUUCGGUCACUUCCUUCCUGCUUUACUUUUGGAUGGCGCCAGUAUUUGUAUUGGACGUAGACCGAGAAUGUGGAAAUUAUACAUGAAAAUGGACAAAUUUUGUAAAGCAAUGGAACCUUUUUGUAACACAGAAUGGACUUAUUCUACUGAUAAUAUUCACUCAAUGUGGGAUAAUCUCAAUGAGAAAGAUCAACAAUUAUUUCAGUUUAAUAUGGUGGAAUUUAAUUGGACAGAAUAUUUAAUUAAUCAUUAUCAAGGUCUGCGGCGCUAUCAACUUAAUGAAAAUGACAGUAUGUUGAAAGUUAGUCGUAUGAAAUAUGUAAGAUUGUAUUGGAUACAUCAAAUCAUCAAAACUAUAUUUUUCUUUGUAAUCUUUUGGAUCAUCUGGUUCAUGUUUAUAGAAAUGUUCGAAUAA